ACUCCCCUCCUUUUCUUUAGCUUUCUAUGGGCUAUGCGUUAUAUUCGUUUGCAUAUUCUCACUCUUCCCACUCUCGCAUCUGCUACUCCUCUUUCUUAUAAAAUCUGUACUUGAUCCAAUCACCGUCCACACCCUUUAACUCUCGCCACGAUCAGAAAAUCCAAGAUUCCAGAUCGCUGUGUUCUAAAACAAUUCAUCGAUAAUGGCCGCUGCUACUGAUAAUAAGCUCACUCAGCUUAAAUCUUCUGUUGCCGAGCUCAAUCAAAUCAGUGAAAAUGAAAAGAAUGGAUUCAUUAGCCUUGUUGCUCGCUAUCUCAGUGGGGAAGCACAACAAGUGGAAUGGAGCAAGAUUCAAACACCUACUGAUGAAGUAGUUGUUCCUUAUGAUAUCUUGGCACCUGUCCCUGAAGAUCCAGCUGAAACUAAGAAGCUUUUGGACAAACUUGUUGUUUUGAAGCUUAAUGGAGGAUUGGGGACAACAAUGGGAUGCACUGGACCCAAGUCUGUCAUUGAAGUUCGUAAUGGAUUAACAUUCCUUGACCUAAUUGUCAUUCAGAUUGAGAAUCUCAACUCCAAGUAUGGGUGUGAUGUCCCCUUGCUUCUUAUGAACUCAUUCAACACUCAUGAUGAUACACAGAAGAUUAUUGAAAAGUACUCAAAAUCAAACAUUCAGAUUCAUACAUUUAAUCAGAGCCAAUAUCCUCGCUUGGUUACUGAGGAUUUUCAACCAUUGCCAUUGAAAGGACAGAGUGGCAAGGAUGGAUGGUAUCCUCCUGGUCAUGGUGAUGUGUUCCCAUCCUUGAGGAACAGUGGCAAGCUUGAUGCUCUGUUAUCUCAGGGCAAGGAGUAUGUGUUUGCUGCCAACUCAGAUAACCUUGGUGCUAUUGUUGAUUUGAAAAUUUUAAAUCAUCUGAUCAGAAACAAGAAUGAAUACUGCAUGGAGGUGACACCCAAAACCCUGGCUGAUGUGAAGGGUGGCACUCUCAUCUCUUACGAAGGGAAGGUUCAGUUAUUGGAAAUUGCACAAGUCCCUGAUGAGCAUGUCAAUGAAUUCAAGUCAAUAGAGAAGUUCAAAAUUUUCAAUACAAACAAUUUGUGGGUGAGCUUGUCAGCAAUUAAAAGGCUUGUGGAAGCUGAUGCAUUAAAGAUGGAGAUAAUUCCCAACCCAAAGGAAGUGGAUGGCGUCAAAGUUCUUCAGCUUGAAACUGCGGCUGGUGCAGCUAUUAGGUUUUUUGAUCAUGCAAUUGGUAUAAAUGUUCCUCGAUCUCGAUUCCUUCCAGUGAAGGCAACCUCAGAUUUGCUUCUUGUCCAGUCUGAUCUUUACACCUUAGACGGUGGCUUUGUUAUCAGAAAUAAAGCUAGGAAAAAUCCUGCAAAUCCUUCUGUUGAACUGGGUCCUGAAUUUAAGAAGGUUGCCAAUUUCUUGAGUCGAUUUAAGUCAAUCCCAAGCAUCAUUGAGCUUGAUAGCCUUAAGGUGGCUGGUGAUGUAUGGUUUGGUGCUGGUGUUAUACUCAAGGGGAAAGUGACUAUUUCAGCACAACCUGGUGUGAAAUUGGAAAUACCUGAUGGUGCUGUAGUUGAGAACAAGGAUAUUAAUGGCCCUGAGGACCUGUAAAAGAGUUGCUUGGCUGACAUUGUGUUGGAGACUCUUUGAGGAGUCAUUUCUCCAUCUUACAAUGCUCAUGUAUUUUUGAUAGCAGAAUAAGAGAGUGGUUCCCUUUCCUGUGUCUUGAAUUCGGAAUGCCGCUCUUCUACUUAUGAUAUUAUUUUUGUGUAUACAUACAAUCUGAUAAAGAGGAUGUAAAACUACAUGGGUGUUCGGAUAACUUCUACAGAUUAGUAUAAUGUGCAAACUUGUGCCUCGAUCUCUGGCACAAUUACCCA